UUCCUUCAUUGGAUUCCCUUGAGCGCGUGGUGGUAAACUUCUGUUUCAAACCUGCUGUACUUGGAGGGACACGGGUUACUGAGGUUGCUGUUUGUUUCUGGAGAGUUGUAAACAAGUAAACAUCAUGUCGUUGUCGGAUCAGCUGUGGAGUCCAACAAGUGCCCAGGUAACGGUGCUUCAAGCCCGUGGCCUGCGGAUAAAGGGGAAAAACGGUACAAACGAUGCGUACGCGGUGAUGCACUUGGGCAAGGAGAAGUACCAAACGUCGGUGGCGGAGAAGAGCGUGGCACCCGUCUGGAAGGAGGAGGCCUCUUUCGACAUGCCCUCAGUCCAUCAGGGUGGCGCGGAGCGGGACACGCUCCACGUUCACGUUCUCCACCGGGCCCUUGUGGGUCCAGACAAACUUCUGGGGCAGGCUGUCAUUAACCUGGUCCAACUCAGCGAGGACAAGAACAGAGACAAAACACAGUGGUUCAAGUUGCUGGACAAAUCUGGAAAGCUAGACAAGGACCGAGGCGAGGUCCUUGUGGACAUCCAGUUCACACGAAACAACAUGACUGCGAGCAUGUUUGAUAUCUCCGCUGCAGGCAAGUCACGAUCACGCCUCAGCAAGUUCAAGGACAAAGUGCGGGGCAAGAAAAAAGAAGAUGCACCUUCGGAGACAUUGUCCAACGUGGUGCCAGCCUUCUCUCAGGUGAUGACUGACAGCGAAGGCGAAGGGGGCAGCGGCGGGGAGGGGACAGCAGCAGGGAGAGAGUCGAAGAAGAAAAACAAAGUCAAGUCUCUGUUUUCACAUAAGACUAAUCUACAGAAGAGCUUAUCCCAGUCUAUGUCCGUACUGCCGGGGAAAAACUCCUCUCUGAGCGGAAGCAUGUCAUCUGGCCUGAAUGUGGAUGCUUCUGAGGGUAAAAAGAAGUUUAAGUUCCUGAGUCACAAACGCACUGGGAGCUCGGAUAAAAAAGAUCAGAAACUUGUAGCCGAACACAGCAACCUGUGUAUCAACGGAAGCCAUGUUUACUGUGAGGAGCCUGCACCUCGGACAUCUCGGGCCAGCUCCAACUUCAGCUUGGCCAGCUCCGGGGUGGGCUCCAUGGAGGACGUCCCCGACAACAGCUCCCCUCCUUCUGUGGGCUCCAGACGCUCGGUGCGCCACAGCUCCCCCUGGACAGAGGAGGAGGAAGAGGAGGCCACUGAGGAAAACGCACAAGAGGCAGAUGAAGAGAUGUUCAGGAGACAAGAGCUGGAGAAGUUGGCGGAGGAGGAGAGCAAGAUAGAAGAAGAAGAGCGAAGGAGAGAAGAGGAAAGAGAGAGGAUUAGAUUGGACGAAGAAAAGAGGAGACAAGAUGAGGAGAUAAGGAUUGAGACAGAGAGACUUCAGCAGGAGGAAGAUUACAAUCAAGAAAUUAUGAGAGUGGAAGAAGAAAGAAGAAGGCAGGAAGAGGAGGAGGAGCAGCAGAGGAGAAGAGAGGAAGAAGAGAUGGAACAAAUUAGAAAAGAAGAAAGGAUUAGAUUGGAGGAGGAACAGAAAAGGCAUGAGGAUGAAGAGAGGAAAAGAGAAGCAGAAGAGGAGAAAAGGAGACGAGCUGAGGAAAGUAGAGCAAUAGAGAAAAAGAGGGAGGAAGAGAGGAUGGAAGAGCUAAGAAAACUGAAGGAGGAAAAAGCAAGAAAGGAAAGACUUAAAGAAGAAGAGAGGGAAAGGAGGGAAGAGCAGGAGAGAAUGGAAGAAGAGCUCCAAAGAGAGAAAGAAAGAGAAGAACAACAAAUUGCAGAAGCAAGGAAAUUGGAGGAGGAAAGAAAGCGACUUGAGGUAGAAAGGAUUAGAUUUGAAAGAGAAAAGGAGAGACAAAGAGAGGAAGAGGAAAGAUUGGCAGAGGAGAAGAGGAUGCAACAACUACAAGAAAGGAUUAGACAAGAAGAAGAAGAAGAAAGGAUGAGGUUUGAGAAGGAAAAGGCAGAGGAAGAAAUGAGAAGAGAGAUCAUGGAAGAGGAAGAGCAGAGAGUGAUAAAACAGGAGUAUGAACGACUUAGAGUACAACAAAAGAUACAGGAGGAAGAGGAAGAACGAAGGAAGGAGAUGGAAAGAUUAGCCGAAGAGGAGGAGGAGAGACGAAGGAGAGCAGAGGAGAAACAAGAAAAGGAAAGAUUAGCAGAGGAAGAGCAUAAACGAGAAGAAGAAAAGAAGCAAAUAGAGCAGGAAGAGAGACAGAGGAAGGAAGAGGAGAAACGGAGGGAGGAGGAGGCACGAGAGAAUGAAAGAUUAGCUGAAGAGGAGAGGAAAUGGCAAGAAGAAAAAAGGAGACAAGAGGAGGAGAGACUAGAAGAAAGGAGGAAACAAGAGGAGAAGGAGAGACUAGAAGAAAGGAGGAAACAAGAGGCGGAGGAGAGACAGAGGGAGGAAGAGGAGAAACGGAGGGAGGAGGAGGCACGAGAGAAUGAAAGAUUAGCUGAAGAGGAGAGGAGAUGGCAAGAAGAAAAAAGGAGACAAGAGGAGGAGAGACAGAGGAGGGAAGAGGAGGAUAGAUUAGAAGAAAGGAGGAAACAAGAAGAGAAGGAGAGACUAGAAGAAAGGAGGAAACAAGAGGAGAAGGAGAGACUAGAAGAAAGGAGGAAACAAGAGGAGAAGGAGAGACUAGAAGAAAGGAGGAAACAAGAGGAGGAGGAGGAAAAAUUAGGAGAGGAAAAAAGGAGACUUGAGGAGGAGAGGAGACUAAGAGAAGAAACUCAAAGACAUUUUAAAAUGGCCUCAGACACACAAGACUGCAUUGAGGUCACUUCUACAAACCCUUUUGAUCAAACUGAUGAAAACGAAGGAGAUGUACCUGACUGCACAGUCACAGUGACUAGUGCUCGACAAAGAUGCAAAUUGCCUGUGGAAAGAAACACCUGCUUGUUUGGUGAAAAGGACGACAGUACAACACAACGGGAAAAACGGCAGGCUCCUAAACCACCCGGAAUGAAUUCAUUUGACAGACAGCGAGCAGCACAACAUGAAGCCCAUGUGAGCAAACCAAGCACAGACAAAGACAUCAAAACUGCCAGCAUUCUGCCUCAACGUGCUGUGCAAAAGAUCGAACCUUCCUCCCAUAUAAACAAUAGUAAACAAUCAGCCAGGAUUUCAGGAAGAAAGCCAGCUCCACAGAGACCUGGUUUAAUAGAGGAGGAGAUAUUGUUGUCUAAAGGUUCUCAAGGGCCCAUGCUAAAGUCAAGGCAAACACCUGCUCUUUCCAGUUUGAAUCCAUUUGAAGAUGAUGAAGAGGUAGAUGACAAUAUGACUACCACAGCUGCCUCUGCAAUAUGGACACCUCCUUUGCAGCCAAGUGUCGAGGUAGAUACAGUUUCUCAAAUCAAAACCAAAUCUUCAAAGACUGCCCAUGCCCCAGCUCCACCUGCAAAGAACACCCACACACUUGGCACUGACAUGGGCCACAAGGUGACAAUAUGUGAUAUAGAAGACGGACAAAACUGUGUACUUGUUGAAGAAUCAUUAAAUAAAGCAGCUGUACAAGAGAAAACAGAGAAGAAGGAUGCUCCCCCAGUCCCUUCACGCAGGCUUCAACCUGUGAAACCUCUAAACCCUGUAGAUCAGGUGCCUGUUUCAGCUAUUCAAGAGCAAAAGGAUAACAAACCCUCUGGAGAAAUCAUCAACAAUCAGGGAAAAGAAAAUGUCAAAGACAUUGGACCAUAUGCACUGCUAACUCGAGAAGAGCUCAUCUCUUUGGUGCAUAAACAAAAGAGCCAGCUGUUGGAGAAAAGCAAAAAGAUAUCGGAGCUAGAACAGUACAUUGAUAAUUUGCUUGUGCGUGUCAUUGAAGAGGCCCCCAAUAUCCUCAUGACCAUGACUCCUUUAAAAUAGGCUUUGUAGUUAAACCUUUGAAUGUUUCUAUUAAAAUUAAGCACUGUAUUCUAGUUUCAUAAUCACAUAAACUGAAUAAUAGCUGUUUUCUAUGCAUUGUUUUAUUCUAAGUAUGCUGUGUUUCUGUAAUGCAUAUGCCUUAAAUCAGUUUAAAGCAAUGAACUGUUUAAUAUAAUCAAAUGCUGCUUUUGUUACCAGUAUUAAAGUUUACAAUUGUCUAAUGCACCAAAAGCACUUAAUUUGAAAUAAAGAUUUAUGCAUUUCUGGUUA